UACCACUACAGCACUGUGUCUGUCUCUAUGUGUGUGACCCCCCCCUCCCCUCUGCUGACACAGCUUGAUCCACACAGAGGUCCCUGCAGCACAAACCUUUCACAACAAAGGCGGCCAUGUUUCCAGAACUCCGUCCUCCCAUAAAUCCCGGAGCGGGCGGCAGUGGGAGGUUUUGCCCCCGAGAGAUCAGCAUGCCUCUGCCCCCCCGACGCCGCUCCUCCUUCCUGGCACAGCCGUCCUCCGAGCGGCCGGCGCCGUCCUCCUGCAAGCGCGUUGGUCCGACCCCCCGCGGAGUCUUCGUGGGCUCCGCGCCCCCCAUGGGAGGGGGCUACAGCGUGGGGACCCGCGUGUCUCGGCGGGCUCUGGGCAUCAGCAGCGUCUUCCUCCAGGGGAUGAGGAGCAGCGCGGCGCCCGUGGUGAUCCGGCCAGCGGGCGCGGCGGCAGCUGGCGGCCUGAACAUGUGCCUGGUGGAGUACAGGCACAAAGUGAGAGCCUUAGAACACUUGAACCGACAGCUGGAGGAACACAUUCGACUGAGCCUGGACCGCAAGGCGUCCAGAGCCGGGGCCUGGGGGCCUCUCAGGAGGGAGUGGGAGGACGUCUACCGACAGGUCAGUGAAGCGAUCCUGGACAACGCUCGACUGAUACUGCAGACGGAGAACGUUCAGGCCAACGCUGAGGACUUCAAGGAAAGGUUUGAGAAUGAGCUGCCCUUCCGGAAGGCGGUGGAGGACGAGAUCAGCUCUCUGUACAAAGUGAUAGACGACGCCAACCUGACGAAGGCGGAGCUGGAGGAGCAGAUGGAGAACAUGAGAGCUGAUCUAAGAAACCUGGAGCAGAACCACGAGCAGGACGUGCAAGUCCUUUACAGUCAAAUGGCAGGAGUUGAGUUGAGAGACAAACCUGAUGCUUCCAUUGAAACCAGUCUGGACCAGAUCCUGGCCUACAUCAGGUGCCACUGGGAGAAGGUGAUGGAGCGGAAUCGAGCGGAGACAGACAGCUACCUGGAGUGUAAGUUGCAGGAGGUGCAGUGUGUUAGGAGCAGACUGAGUCCGGAGGAGGAGCAGGUAGAAGCGCUGAAGGCCGAAUGUCACGACACCGGCUGCAAGAUCCAGAGUCUGCAGGCCGAGACAGAGUCCAUCAGAGCGCUGAGACGUGGUCUGGAGAACUCGCUGGGCGAUGCCCGGCGCUGGCACGAGAUGGAGCAACAGAACCUAGGCUCGCUGGUGGCCAAGCUUGAGGCGGAGCUCUCCGAUGUGCAUGGUGAGAUCGAGGAGCAGCGGCGCGACUACGACACGUUGCUGGGCAACAAGCAGCACCUGGAGCAGGAAAUUGGCAUUUACCACGGCAUCCUGGACGGGGAGGAGAGCCGCUUCCAUCCCGCAUAUCUGGCGUGUCCAGGUCAACAUUCAGAGCCUGAGGGGGCAACCGGUGGUUCUGCUCCUCCAGGCCCUCAAUGAAUCCCUGGACCACCUGGACCUUCUGGACCUUGAGGAAAUCCAGGACGCCCAUGGAUGUCCUAGACCUCCUGGACCUUAUUGUCCAAUUUGACCCCCUGAACCCACUGGACCAUGAGGAAAUCCAGGAUGCCCAUGGAUGUCCUAGACGUCCUGGACCUUAAUGUCCAAUUUGACCCCAUGAACCCACUGGACCUUCUCAACCUCCUGAACCUCCAGGAACUUCUGGAUCUCAAGUACCUCUUGGAGCUUCAGCACUUUCUGGGCCUCCUGGAUUUUCAGGCCCUCAAUGACCUCUUGGACCUCCAGGACCCCCUGGACUGGUGAUUCCACAGGAGGAUCUGAGGAGUAGUUUGAAUUGGAGGGUUUUCUGCCUGGUGUUGUGUGCAGGUGUGAGUGCGAGUGUGGUGUGAUAUCAGAGAAGAAGUCCUUAGGUAAAUCGGUUUCCACAACACCCGAAGACCUCACCUGAAAUGUACCGUAUCACAGGUGUGAGACAGUACAGCCUCUUGUCAAUGCUACACUCGGCCUAGGCAGCCAAUCAAACCAAGCAAGAGGUGGGCCUUACUACUAAACCCCUGACUUCCUGUUUAGAAGGGCUAUGUACUGGUCAACGAGUAAACGCACCUGACAAAGUUCACCAGAGCUGAACUGUCAGGGGAAAAUGCACCUUUACAUCUAAGAGUUGAUUAUUUAAACUGUAAUGUCACGGGUUAGAUUCCACCGCUGUAAUUGGUUAUAAAUGCUAAUAAAGGGUCUUUGAUCAUGACAUAUUAAUAUGUUUACCUCUGAUUAUCAUAAUGCUUUUGUGAAUUAACUGAAUCGUAAAAUAAUUUUUAAUAGCUUUAAAAAGACUUAUGCUUACUUAUCACCAUAUGUGCUGGGGACCAGGGGGCGGAGCAAUGCAUGUGUUGCGCGAUAGCACAGCAAUUGGUGACGGGCAGGCGACAGAAUAUCCGGUAAGUGGUGUGGUUUGCGGAGGUAUGGCGGUUCCGGCCGGGUCUCAACCAGUUCCUGAGCUGAACAGUUUUGAUGGCGGUAUCACUAUAAAAUAUCACACUACAUCACUGGCUACCGGUGGCUGCCCGCAUCCAGUUCAAAAGACUGGUUCUCACGUACCAUGCUGUGAAUGGAUGGGGUCCAGCUUACCCCGUGAUUGUCUGUUGCGUCAUGAUUGUUUCCAGGUGUUUCCAAUAACCUGCACCUCCCUAGUGUAUUUUAAGUCAUGUGUGUCUCGUCACUUGUCGCGUCAUUGUUAACUCCAACGCCAUUGUUAACUCAUAGUGUUGAUUCUUGUCUGCGUUUUUGCCCCUUGGCUUUUGCUUUUUUUGGAAAUUUUGACGAUUAAAGUCCUUUUGUUUUGGAAA